AUGUCACCAACAUCCUUCUUCUCCCGUUCCCUCUCCCGCGACAGCUCCCAAAGCAACCCUCUCCUCCCACAAGACUCCCACCGGAACUCCUUAUCCCUCCAGAACCUUUCUCCCCGCGAAGCAAGCUCCCGCACAGCUUCGCCCUCACCUCCUCCAGAUUUCUACAGACACUCGAAUCCCCAGCACACAUACAACGCAUCACCAAGCCCUUCUCCCUCUCCCUCCAGAGCCAAAGCCCCAGCCCGCAGAAUCCAGUUCGCCGCUCCUCCACCCCCAAUAGCUACCUCCGUCUUUCUGCAACCACCUACCAAAUCCCACAAGCAUGAAAACAAGGGCUGGGAUGCCCCGUCGAAGAGGAGCGGGAGUCCGCAGUUGCGCCGCGGGAACUCGAUUAUAGACCCUCUGGCGAAUCUCGAGAGGAGGGAGAAGGCAAUACAGCAUGAGCUACAGCUAUUACUUGAUGCGCAGUCCGCGGGCUUGGUACAAGGGUUUGGAGGUACGGGCGAGGAGGGUAGUGAUGCGGGAAGUAGCACGCCUACAUCACGGUCUGUACACGCAAAUUCUGCGAGAAGUAGAAGUCGCAAUGGAGGGAUUGUGCCGGUGCGGCAGCCGAAACGGAAGACGAUUGGGUUAAAAGGGGCGCGGAGGGGACUACUACGGGAUAUGGGAGAGCUGGUUGUAAUCAAGAGUGAGGAGGUGGGGAUUUUGGAUGAGGAGAUUGAGCGGAGAGGUGAGGUCCUUGCGCAGGUCGCGACAUGGGAGAAGAGGAUUGAUGGCGCCAGAGAACAGCUUUCUGGGUACGCUGGGGACGAAGGAGGAGGUGAAGAGGCUGCGGAACUUGCAGAGCUACGGACUGAGGAACGGGCCGUGGAGAAUGAGAUCAGAGAGAUGGAGGAUAGGCUUCUGCAGAUGAAGGCAAGGAAACGCUGGUUGGGAGAGCAGGUUAAGGAGUCUGUGAACCGCCGUGAGGCGAGGCUCAGUAGCUAUCGAGGAGCGCUGAGGGAAGCGGAGGGGCAGGUUAAGGAGUUUUUGAGACGGCCGCCAGUUCCUGUGUCUGUAAUCAUGGGUGAUGAAGAGGGCUUCUACGCGCUGCCUCCUAGUAGGAGGACGCUCGGUAUGGCUAGGGAGUGGUGGCUGAAAGAGUCGGCUUCCCUUACGACCAAGAAAGGAGAAACGGAGAAGGAGAAGCAAGCUCUGGAGGAGGGAGCGUUAAUGUGGGAAGAUGCUAUGGGUGUUGUCAGUGAGUUUGAGGACGAGCUUAGGAAACAGAUGAAGAGUGGUGAGGCACAGGACAAGCAGCUGUUCAAAAGUCAAGUUGGGAGGAUGGGAGUGGUUAUUGAAAAGCUUAAGGAUAUCAUGGGAACGGCGGAGGAUAGAGGUUGGAAUCUGUUGAUUUGUGCUGUAGGGGCUGAGUUGCAGGCAUUUACAGAAGGAGAGGGGCUUCUGAGAAGUGCGUUGGAGUUUGCGGAGCAGCAGCAGAAGGAUGAUGAUGAACCAGGUGGAGUUGCUACAAAUGGUCUGAAUGAACUGAGUGGGUUGGAGGAUAGGAAGGCUGGAAAGGCAGCAGAAAGUCAAAGAAGCGAGAGCGUUGAGCGGGAAGAGAGUGAAGAUGAUGAUCCCAACCUGGCGGAAUUGAUGAUUGAUCAUGAGAGCGGGGAUGUAGAUCAGAGCAGCGUAUGA